AUGGCUUCUAAUCCAGUGUUCCAUGCCCGCACUAAACAUAUUGAACUUGAUUACCACUUUGUUCAUGAGAAAGUCGCACUUGGGAGCCAUCGUGUUUGCUUUAUCCCUUCAAUAGAUCAGCCUGCAGAUCUUCUCACCAAGCCUCUUCACAAGCAUCGUCAUGUUCUUCUUACUCGUAAACUUGUUCAUGCAGGCCCGCCAAGUUUGAGGGAGGGUGUUAGAGAGAUUUCCUCUUCUCAAUCAAAACUGAUUGUGUAA